CCAUAGGUAUAGGGUACUUCUCAAUUCUUCUAUUGAUUUUUCCUCGCACCUCGAGCCUUGCUUGAACCGGAAGUUGUUCUGGUCCGCGAGGAGAAAUCUGCGAGGAGGCAUGAGGAUACACUAUAGUAAUAUAAAACUCGUGAGUGUGGGAAGCGAGAAGACACCUUAGCCCAAUGAAAAGCUCCCUAGUUUCCCUGAUCAAGAGCGUCCGAAAUAGCUCCACCUGCUUCGGAACUCUAAAGAACGACAGUAACGUUGCCACGUUGAAUGCGACACGGCGCUGUUCCGGAAGAUGACAACGCGAGGAGAGAUUGGAAUGGGAUUAACAGGCUUUGGCGUGUUUUUCCUCUUCUUCGGGAUGAUCCUUUUCUUUGACAAAGCCCUCCUGGCUAUUGGAAAUAUCCUGUUUGUUGCUGGGCUUGCCUUCGUUAUCGGGCUAGAGAGAACCUUCCGCUUCUUCUUCCAAAAGCACAAGAUGAAGGCCACAGGUUUCUUCCUAGGAGGUGUAUUUGUGGUACUGAUUGGCUGGCCCAUCAUUGGAGUUGUGUUGGAAAUCUAUGGCUUUUUCCUCUUGUUCAGGGGUUUCUUCCCAGUUGUUGUAGGCUUUAUCAGAAGAAUACCAGUCCUUGGCUCAAUCCUCAACCUACCCUUCAUCAGUACAUACGUGGACAAAGUGGGCGAGAGCAACACCAUGGUAUAACAGUGAGUUUUUGUACCCAGAAAAGGCUGUUUGACAUUGUCCCAUCGGGCCAAUUUAAAGCAGCUAAGGUUAUAUGUUCAGAUCCCCCUCCCCACCCCCCUCCAACAGGCAAAGACUGCUUUCUGUUUGUCUGUAAUUUCACUGGUCAGCGCUACCAGUCAAAGGUUCAUCAGAGCGUUGCACCACCAGUCUAUUGCUAAAGGGUGGAGUUACUAAGGUCACUACAAUAAAUUUUUCCAAUGCUAUUGAUCCCUUCACCACUGAGUGCAUCCGGCAUGAAAAUGGAGGAUGGAAGUCUCAAGCACCAUUGACUCUAUCUACGUGACUUUCUUACUCUGUGGAACAAAUAGACAAAACUAUCAACCUUCCAUAAGGAUGAGAAGUGGACUCACAGCUUCCCAUAUUGUCACAUUACUGUGCCUGUGCUUUAACUUUAUUUGGAUGAGAGCUUUGUAAGCCCAGCAUUUUGUUUCUUUGCAGUUCUUCUGCGACUCUUUCUUUCUUUCCUUUUGUCUUGCAGCUAUUUGAAUACAAAGUGUGGCUAUUGUAACAUUUUUCCCAUUUUGUGACAUGUCAUUUCUGGUUGUGGUUGCCUAAUGAGGAUAAAUUAUUUUUAAAAUGACGAUGAGUGCCAUGGGUUUAUAGUACAUGCGACUACUACUGUUAAAGUGCGGUCACACCAUAAAGUGGCAACACCUAAGUUCAUCCACUUGAUACAUGUAGUGUCUACUCACAAGGCAGUAAUCAGCAACAUGCAGUAACUGGUGAGCUAAUGACAUGCUAGCCGAACACACUGGUGCUCCUUAGCUCAGUCUUUACCCAGAAAAUAUUUGGACCCUCCAAAAAAUAAUUAUGCCAAAAAACUUUUCUUACACAAGUUCAAAGUAAAAGGUUACAUUUAAUGUCAGUUUUCCAUCAUGAUGAGUCAGUGUGAAUAAAUUAAAUAACUUUGUAUGACAAAAUUAAAUUAAUGAAAAUUUCUACAUGAACAAUAUGUUUAUUAUUCAAGUAUUAUACAUGAAAGUAAUGCAUUUCAAAUUAUUAUUGUCUCCAGUUAUAAAUCACAUCAACCCUGGAAACGUAUCAUUGUUUCCUGUCUCAUAAUUGUCUGUUCUCUCAAAGGUCAGCAUUGUUAAAACAGUUUGCUGCCAUGCAAAAGUUGACCAAAGUUGCAUUCUUCACUGAUCAAACACAACAUAAAAACCACUAACGAUGUAAAUGAUAUUGAUCAUCUCAUGACAAUGCAAUGUUCUGCUUGGAAACCUUGGGUGAUGACAUUCAUGUGGAUGCUGUUCAACAUGUUGUAAUCUUGUAAACAUUGUGCAGAGUAAUAACACCCCCACACCCCCCAACACAGAGGCAAUGUGGCCUCCUCCAGCAGGGCACACCACACCACUAAUAUAACUCAGGAACGGCACAAGGAACACGACAAAGAUCCCAAGGCACUGACCCAGCCUCCCAAAGUCUCUAAAUCCUUACCUGAACAAGCAUCUGUGGGAUGCACCAGGAAAAGCCUCAACCACAAAGGCGCUACCCACCCAACCCACAGGACCUGAUGUAGUCGCUGCCACAUCCAAGCGCUGGAGACCACAACAGAUCCCCGAAGGUCCUGUGUCCAUGCUCUGACUGCUCUGAGCUGUUAUGAUGGCACAAGGGGAGCUGCAUAAGAUAAUAAUGGUUUUAAUGUUGUGCCUGAUCGGUGUAUGUGCAAACUUCAUGUGUUUUAAAUGCUUUUGUGACCAGGCCUGCCUUGCUGUUUUCCAAAGCAUAUCAUCAUUUUUUUUGACUUCUAUCUUCCAAGCAGCUAUGAUUAUAGCUAAUCUGUCACAAGAAACAUUUUUGUCAUUUCUAUUGUCAAAGUUACCUUAUUUCUCACUAACUAUUGACCCUUUUGAUGUAAGAAUUUUCUCACAAAAGCACUGAAAAAAAUGAUUAUUAAGUCAUUAUCUACUCUGCCCCAUGCCACUGGGAAGUCAGACUUUGUUUCUCAGUCCGGAAAAUAUUUGUGGAUCUUGUUUUCCCUUAUUGAUUUUUGAAAUAUGGAAACUUCUCUGUAUUCCCUAAACUAAGCAUUAGUAGUGCCCUAUCUGAAUUGGGUACAUGAGCUUGAAUGUAUAUACAGGUGGUGUAAAUAACAUCUUUAAAUCUAGUUGGGAUUUCAGUGCCUCUGGAGACUUGGAUUACACCAGACAAGUUAACCCUUACAUCUUAAAACAAGUCCCCAGCAGCUUCGGUUGUUUAGGAUUUUCAUUUUUAGGUGAACUGUUCCUUUAAACAUAAAAACAUAAAGGUAAUAUUUUCAGAUGCUAAUGUUCAUUGUAAUGUAAUGUAAUGUAAUGAUGUAAUCAGAUUAGCUCUUUUUAAAAUGGAGAACUUAAACUCUCCCCCAGUAAUGCUGUCAAUUUGUAUAAUGUAAAGCAACUACAGCUUAACAUACUUGUGGACCUACAGACCUUUUCUAUCUAAUUUAGCAAACCCUACAUAUAUAUCUAUAGAUAUAUAUAUAUAGAAUCCAUCAAGGGGUUAGAGACCUCUUCUCAUUUAUUUGUUCAUCCAGUGGCCUUAAACUAUAUGUUGAGCAUUAAAUGCUCAAGUUUUCCUGUUUUUUGUUUGUUUGUUUGUUUUUUGACAGGGACUGAUGAAGGGGAGAAAAAAUUGCUUCAACAUGGCAUGGCAGAUAUCAGGCACUACAAAUGUUGAAAUGAAUUAUUCAACUGUAGAUCUUUCUGUUCAGAGCAUCCAGAAAUUACACGUGAAAUGACAGUGUUUUCUUGUAUGACACUUUUGUAAAUAUACUAUGGAAGUUAGUUUUGUAUCUGCCAUUCAUGUUGUUUCUGGUCAUUUGUUCCUGUCUUGUUAUUUACUCUUUACAUACACUGUAAAUCAGAUUUUAGUCUUGAA